CCGUCCGGGGGCGGGACCUGCGCCGGGGCAGGCGGGCGCGGAUGGCGGCCGCUUCUGCGCGCCUGAGCCGGCCCGGGCCAUGAGCGGCGCCCGGCCGCAGUUCAGCAUCGAUGAUGCCUUCGAGCUGUCCCUGGAGGAUACGGGGCCCGUGCCCGAGGCCAGCGGGGUGGCCCGUUUCGGGCCGCUGCACUUCGACCGUCGGGCCCGGUUCGAGGUGACCGACGAAGAAAAGCAGUCCCGACUGCGUUACCAGAACCUGGAGAACGAUGCGGAUGGAGCCCAGGUGUCUCCGGAGUCUGUCGUGGACGUGGCAGUCGGCACCAGAGACUCGGCCCAGACGUCCAUCCGCAGUUCCCAGUGGUCCUUCAGCACCGCGAGUGGCGGCACCCAACGCUCCUACAGGGCCUGCUGCAGCUGGACACAACACCCUCUGAUUCAGAAGAACCACCGUGUCGUGCUGGCAUCCUUCCUGCUCCUGGUGCUGGGCCUGGUGCUGGUCCUGGUCGGCGUGGGACUGCAGGUGGCCCCCUCUCCAGGUGUCUCCAGCGCCAUCUUCUUCGUGCCCGGCUUCCUGCUGUUGGUCCCGGGAGUCUACCACGUGAUCUUCAUCUAUUGCGCCGUCCGCGGCAACCCGGGCUUCCAGUUCUUCUACCUGCCCUACUUCGAGAAGUGAGCGCGGCUACCCGGGACGGCGAUGACCGAUGACCGCGCCCCCGUCUCCAGGGACCAGACCCCCUGGGCCCCCGGGGAGCCCGCUCAGGAAGUUUGGGGCUCUGCCCUGCCCUCUGU